AUGAAAAUGCCAUUGAAAAGUGAAGGCACAGGAGUUCCAAUCUACUUUACCCUGAUAGCAGAAAACAACUCUGGUCAAAGGUCAGAAGCAUUCUGUAGUCUGCCGACCUAUGAUGUGACUAUACCUGGUGGAAGAUUUCAGGAGGAAUUUAUGUCUACAAGUAACCCUGAGGUACUGAGGGCCUUUGUGACAGUGUAUGAGGACUCUGAACUUGAGACGGUACAAGUUGGAGCAGGAUAUGGGAAAGGAAUCUUUGGGGACCAGAUGGUGCCCUGGGAUGAUGUUGACCUUGAUCAUAAUCAGAUAAAUGACAAUUUAGGAGAAGAUCCUUUCAAUAAAAAGGUUUUAGAGCAGAUGUUUACUGGAUCAAUGUCUGGAAGGUUGGUUGGACCAAAAGCAGCACUAGAUAUUAUUAAAAGUAGUCCCGGAGAUUGUGCCAGGGCCUGUGCAGAUUUACCUCGUACUAAGUGUAUGAGUUUUAAUUAUGACUUUAAUAAAGGAAUAUGUGAACUUAUGGAAGCCAUUGAGGGACAUCACUAUUCAAGAUCCAAGUCUGGAGUGUUCGAACAUUAUGAGAGACUUGGUAUUGGCAAGUCCAAGCAGUUUGUAUAUGAAAACCUACAACUCCAACAUAAUAAAUUAUACUACUAUAACUUGAGACUGGUCAAUGUUUUAGGAUAUGAGAGUAUUAUCAACACACAAAGUAUCAUUGUUGAUACAACUACUCCUGAAACAGGCUUUAUUUCCAAUAAGACAGCUGAUUACCUUGAAAUACUUCCCUGUUUGGAUUUAAUACCUGAAGACAGACCUGAGUGGAAGUUACUCUGUAAAGGGGUACAUCCUAAAAUUCAGAAUCAUAGACUUGUCGUUGAUGGAAUUGGUUCUCGAACAGUAUUCAAUGGACCAACACCAAUGUUUGACUUGAAGUUCACCAGGGCAAACAAAUAUAUGUCUGUCAACUGGGAUGGAUUUAUUGACAGAGAAUCUGGAAUUCUGGGAUACACUGUACUUAUUGGCCUGACUGAAUGCACAGAUGAUGUACAUGCUGAUCAUGAUCCUCAUAAACAUUUAUUUGAUAAAUCACAGUGGACACACAGUGCUAUGAUAAGUCCUCCAUUGCCCACUACUACAUUACCAGAUGGUCAAUAUUUUACAACAGUUAGAGCAUUUAAUGAUGCAAAGUAUGGAGGACCACUAACAACAACGGUGUGUCAUUCUAUUCCAUUGACAAUAGAUACUUCCAGACCAGAGGUUUAUGAUAUAUAUGGAAUAGAAUAUGAUGAAGAUUUACAUAUACUGAGAGCAUCCCAUUCAUCUGGUGACCCUCAUUCAGGUUUGGUGUACAAUGAUUUAUGUUUGGGUCAUUCUGAAAGAGACUGUGAUGAAAUGGACUGGAAAAGAAUGGACCACAGUCCAGACAUUCAGUAUGCAGUAAAACUCACAGAUGGUGUUCGUAUCUGGGUCAAAAUCAAGGUCAUCAAUGGAGUUGAUCUAAGUAGAAUUGGAGUAGCAGACCAAUCCAUCAUUGUAGACAAAACUCCACCUGUAGCAGGUCAAGUAUUGGAUGGUUCAGUCCUAGGAGAAGACAUGCAAUUCACCAAAGAUCAGAAAGUGCUUUGCUCAAAUUGGAAGCAUUUUUAUGAUGCCGAGUCGGGAAUAUCAGUGUACAUGAUAGGAAUUAGUUCUACAAAAGAUAUGAACAAUACAGAUAUAGCUGACUUGACUGAAAUCAAUAGACAGUUACAUAUCACAUGCCUGCCUGUCACUGAAGACUUAGAACAUGGCAAGACAUAUUAUACCAUUGUCUGGGCUUAUAAUGGUGGAAUAGCACAACAGAAAGUUGCUACUAUAUCUAAUGGAGUAACUGUUGAUUUGACAGCCCCAGAAUCAGGAGAGGUCAUUGAUGGUGUUCAGACAGAUUUUACAAAUCUUCAGUAUUCACCCAGUACAGCUAAAGUUGGGGCUCAGUGGAAGGAUUACCAUGAUCCAGAAUCUGGUAUACAGCAAUAUGAUGUACAGGUGGAAAUUUCAAGUAAUAACACAAAUCACUAUGAAGUGGUCAGGGACUGGACAACCUUCUCAAAAGAAAUAAACAGCAUAGAAUGGGUGAACUUUAACCUUAAUCACAAGGACCAUGUCAAAGUGAAGUUAAGAACCACAAAUGCUGCCAUGAACUCAAUAAUAAAUGAGACUGAUGGAUUUGUUGUUGACCUGACUUCACCAGUUCUUGUUAAUCUAGGAGAUGGAACUGUGCUGAAUGAAGAUAUAACAUUUCAGUCUGAUGUUACAAGCUUAUCCAGUAACUUUGAGUUUAUAGAUGAGGAGUCUGGUCUUGAUCAUUAUAAGGUUCAGAUAUAUCAGCACCAUGAAGGACUUAGGUCUCAAAUCCUUCCAGCAAUUUAUGGUGAAUGGUUAAGUCUUGGGACUGAUGUCAAUAUAAACCAUUACACACUGACAGGUCUGUCUUUACACCAGGGUGGAGUCUACAGUAUGAGGGUGGGAGCUGUUAACAAGGCAGGAUUUGUAGCAGCAUUUGAGACUGAUGGUGUUGUCAUAGAUACCACACCUCCCGUUAUGCAUUGGAUGUAUGUAGGAAUUCUGUCUGGUAGAUUUGAAACAGUUGUAAAAGGAUAUGUGUGGCAAGCUGAUACAACUGGGAUUAAGGUCAUCUGGGCAGCAGAUGAUCAUGAGUCAGGCAUUACAAACUUUAAAGUAGCAGUAGGAACAACUCACGGUGGUACAGAUAUCCUGUCUUGGACAGUUUUUGGAACAGAGAAGGAUAUAUACAUACCUGACCUCACACUACAGCUGACAGACCUAACAACUUACACACCAGUGUAUUAUGUCAGUGUGAAGGCAGAGAAUGGAGCAGGACAGGAGAGUAAUCCUGUCACAUCUACACCUAUUGUUGUGGUAGAUGAGGACAAACCAGGUUUGGUGAUAGAUGGACCUAAGGGUACUGAUGGAAAUACUCAAAUGCUGAAUGAAGAUUUAGAUUAUCAAAUGGAUCUUUCUACUACAACACUACAGUUCAGUGGUUUUGAGAGUCAUUUACAUGGAGUUGUGGAUUAUGAAUGGGCAGUAGGUACAACUCCUGGUGGAGAAGAUGUUAUGUCCUAUACUACACAUGGACUAGUACAUUCAGGAGAGGCAGAGGUUGUUGGCAAUGGAAUAUCCAGUUCUGGUUUUGCCCAAGCCAAUGUACAACUUAAACCAGAGAUAAAAUAUUACUCCAGUGUUCGUGCUGUUACCAAUGAUGGCAAUGUUUUAGAGGCUGUUUCUGAUGGAUUCAUUGUAGACACUACACCACCUGUGGUUACACUAGACAGAUUAACAGAUAAGGAUGCCUCUGAAAUAGAGGAUGGUUCCAGUAUUUAUCAGAAAACAGUGGAUUCCUUGUCAGCCCUGUGGCAUUAUAGUGAUGAAGAGAGUGGCAUACAGAGGGCUUGGUUCAGUGUAGGGACCUAUCCUUUUGGAGGAGAUGUGGCUCCAGUUACAGAAGUUAAAAUUACACCAAAUCAACAAAGUUCACUUCCAUUGUCUACUGUAGCUGCUGAUACUUCUGGAAAACCCAACAUUAUAUCUGUAUAUAGUGAGAAUAAGGCAGGGUCAAUUGGUAAAGUAAUGUUUGGUUCAGUGAUCAUAGAUUCAUCAGCGCCAAAUCAGGGAGUUGUCACUUGUCCUGAAUAUGUAGGGGCCAAGGUUCCAGUUAAGUGUUCAUGGACAGGGUUCCAUGACGGUGAAAGUCCAAUAGAGAAAUUCCUUAUAUCUUUAGGUUCUGAAGAAGGGUUCUCUGAUAUUUUCCAGAAUAGAGAAGUUGAUGGACACACAUUUAGUUACCUCAUAAAUGAUGCAGAUGAGUUGAUGACACAUGAGAAGUCUUACUAUGUUACUAUCACUGCUGUUAACACUGUGGGACUUCAGUCAUACAGUUUUUCUAGACCUGUUGCCAUAGAUACCACACCUCCUAAUUCUGGUAAAGUGAUUGACCUUCAUACGACCUACAGAAUGGAUGUGACUGACAAUUCAGCCACAGUACAGAUGAAUGCUAAAGCUUGUACAACUGAUGAAGAAUGUGAUGCUCUAGAUGCUACAUGUUCAGAAUCUCUGACCUCAGUAUCUGUUACCUGGCAACCAUUUAUUGAUGAACAAUCUGGAAUUACAGGAUAUGAAAUAGCUGUUGGAACCACAUCAGGAGGUGGACAGAUUAAAUCUUUUUUCAGCAUCAACACUGAAGCCAAUUAUUAUACAGUAACAGGACUGACCUUAAAUGGCCUAACAAAGGUCUAUGUAUCCAUUAAAGGUACCAAUGGAGCAGGAUUAUCCAGUGUUAGUUCAUCUAAUGGUUUAUACUUAUCUUACCUUAGUCAAGGACUGCCUCCUUUAUUACAUAUUGGCAUUGCUGAUGUCACAGAAUUGUCAAAUGUGGAUAUUGAUUUCCAGGAAAGUUUUGACACAUACAGGGCAUCAUGGGAUGUGUCAGGUGACCCUUGUCCUGUCAUUAAAUAUGAUUGGCUGAUACAGAGGCUUGAUGGGAAGGUUGUCAUGGAUUGGCUGAAUAUGGGAGUUAAAACUUCUGGAAUGAAUGACGAACUUGAGAUGUUGAAUGGAGAAUUAUACUAUUCUCUACUCAGAGUAACCAAUGCCUUGAACUAUACCUACAUGAUCAGAUCCAAUGGUGUCACAGUCAAACAAGAACCUCUCAUCCCAGGAAAAGUAUUUGAUGGAGACCUGAUAGGAUAUGAUCUAAAUUUUAUCAACUCUAAAUCCAUGGUAAUGGCCAACUGGGAUGGAUUUGGAUUACCAGUAGAUGCUCAAUUGGAUGUCAUAUCAGGCAAUCAAGGUCUCCAUGAAGAUAUUGUUGAAUAUUUGGAUAAAAACCAAGCAGUAGAAUUUUAUGAAGUUGCCUUAGGAACAGACAGACGGUUCUCAAAAACAAGAGACAACAUUGUUCCAUUUACUAAUAUUGAAAAAGAUAAAAAUGUUACCUUUUAUGACCUUGACCUUGUUCCAGGAACAGGAAUGUAUUACUUUACAGUCACGGCUUACAGUGCCUCCCACUCUGUUGCUAUAGUAACAUCAAAUGGUUUUCAUGUGGGAUUUGGUGGUAAAAUUACUCCUGGAGAUAUUGUAAUGGGAGACAUUGUGACGACAGACACUUAUUUAGAAAUUCAGUUUGCUGGUUUCUCCUCUACAGUAGGCAUGCUUAUGUAUUACGUAGCUGUGGCCAACAUUUCAGGAGAAGUUGCUGAAACUGAUUGCAAACGUUAUAUUGCUGGUGGAAAGGCAACAGAAGAAGACAAAUCCAGGAUAUUUAAUGUGUUUCCUGUCACAAAUAUAAAUCAGAAUACAUUUUACAAAGUAGAGAAUUUAGAUCUAGAAUUAGGAGAAAGUUAUGUUGUCUGGGUUUUAGGAAUUGACAAGUCUGGUGAGUGUAGUUUAGUUAGUCAUACAUUCAUGGUGGACACAACACCUCCUAUAGUUGGAGAACUUACAAGUGGGCCUGACUUCAAUAUGAACGUAACGUACACUCCCGAGAGUACUACAUUGACAGUAACAUGGGAAGGCUUUAGUGAUCCUGAAUCUGACAUUGCAUUAUUCAAAAUAUCACUAUGGAAUAAAUCCUCCUGCACAGAUCAAAGCUCUGAAGUACUGAUGGUGGAUUGGAUAACUUUGGGUUCCAACUAUUCUCAAUAUAUUUUUACAGAACUUCAACUUCAGGAAAACACUCCUUACAUUAUAAAACUUAUGGCGAGUAAUAAUGCAGGACUAUCAGUCAGUAUAACAUCUGCCCCUGUAUUAUAUGACUCUUCAGUACCAACAGCAGGGCAUGUGGUUGAUGGAACAGAUUUCAAAGAUAGCAGAGUUUGGUUUGGAUCUUCUUCAAGUAUUACAGGAACAUUUUUACAUCUUGCUAACCCUGUUGGUCCAUCAUGUCCUGUUCAAGCUGUAUCCAUGAAAAAUGACCAAGGUUGGAAAAAGAUACAGCAGAUAGGCUUCAAAGAUCCCAGUGGUCAACAAUGGUCACUUAUCCACAGACAAGAGAAUGUCCAGAACUUACUGUAUGAUGAUGUCAUUAGUAUAAAGCUGGCAAGAGAUGUUCAUGCGAGACAAAUGUUUGCUGGGGCAUACAUCAGACCUGCAGAAUUCGAAAAUGGUGGAAUUUAUCAGGUAUCAGUAAAGGCUGCCAGUGGUGAGGGUAUACCUGUUACUGGGAUCAUGUUAUGGGACGGCCCUGCAGAUGGUAUAGCUACUUACAAUUAUAUAACUGAAGAUGAUUGGACCCUUUAUAUAUGUGACUGUUGUCUAGAGGAUCCUACUGCAGAGACCUGCUCUUUUUGUAACUGUUCAACAUCUUCUGCUACUACCACACCUACUUUUACUACAACUGAUACAGUGACUACUGCACAACCUCCAUAUCAGAUUGUAAAGAAUCCUAAUGAAACAGUAGUAACUCAACCUGUGGACACAGAACUUCCUGUAACACAGUCAGCAUGUGGUAUACAGAUAUUGACAGGCAAUGUUCCUCAGAUAGUAACAUGGUGUCAGGCCUACAACAAUACACAAAGAUUGAUGAAGACCAAAGUUGAUUUAUCAUUUGACCCAACAGCAGCAUAUCAUAAUUAUAAGAUAGAAAUCAGUCCACAGAGAGAUGAUGAAGUCAAUAUAAACUGGUGUCUAAAAGUAUUUAUUGAUGAUGAAGAACUAACAGAAAUCUGUGGUAUAGAACCCCCUAGUACUUCUGCCAAACUUGUACUUCACGUAUGGAAUCGUAACAACUACAUACCAGAUAUAUCUGACCUGUUUAAUGUUUUCUCAGCUAAAGCUUACUUCAAAGACCUAAUCAUUCCACCUAAAAUUGGCAAUAAAUGUCGCUAUGGUGAUCCAUUCAGAGGAGGUACUAAUCCAGUGAUAAAGUAUGAGGCUGGAAUCGGUACAGAAAAGUUACAAACAGACGUUGUACCGUACAGAGAGAUAUAUAGGCCAUGUAUACCAUGCAAUACACAAUGUUCUUUACUUAACUGUCAGUCUGAUUGUGAUCUCAAUCAGCAUACUGUUGUGACCUUCACCCUGAAUGACCUUGAUCUUGAAACUUUUGUUACAGCAGAAAAUGGCACUGGGCAUGAGUACAACAAAACUCUUGUAUACUAUGAAACAGUGAGAGCUGUAUUAGGAUCAGGCCUUACUGCUGUUGCAUCAUCAGGUGGAUUUUACAUUGAUCUAACCCCACCAAUUUUUGACCCUGAUGCCAUGCUUCAGAUCUAUAUUGAUGUGAGCCAGGGAGAAUUUAGACCUGUGAAGUAUCAGGCAUCUAACGACACAAUCAAAGCUUAUUGGUAUUGUUAUGAUACUGAGAGCUUGAUAAUGGACAACAAAUGGGCCAUAGGGACAAGCAUUGGCAGUGAAGAUAUUCAGCAAUUUGUAUCAAUUGGUGUUGAACAGAUAGCAAUAAAUAGUUCUUUAGAGGGAAUGUUAAAAAAUAACCACACAUAUUACGUCUCUAUAAGAUGUGAAAAUGGGGCAGAACUUGUCACACAGUGGAAUGAUAAAAUAGGUGUUAUAAUUUUACUGAACCCGCCAGAUGUUGAACUUAUAAAUGCCACAGUUAUAGGAGCUGAGAAGUUUGAUCAGCCUGUCACCCCUUCUGAUUCUAAACGUGGUACAGACCCUGGCACUAUUGGUUUCUCGUUCACUAUCAGUGAGGAUGAAUCAGUUAAACGUUAUGACAUCUGUUUGGGGUCAUCAGACGACAAAGAUGAUAUAUUUCCGUGUACCUAUGUUUCUGUUAAUAUGUCUGGAACUAUCUUGAUCAAGAAUGGGUCCCUGUAUUUAAACCAAUACAAAUUGUAUGACUUGCAUGAGUUGAGGAGAGACCAGAGUAGCUCUUCCUCAAAUACAUUCCACAUGGAGCCAGGGAGAACUCUGUUUAUAACACUUAGAGCUUGUAAUGAUGCCUACCUCUGUAGUAAUAAAUCCUUGGGAUCAGUUACAAUGAUGGAUGAUAAAGCUGUGAUGAAGACCUCAGUGGGAGGUGAACCUCUGGAAGUGGAGUAUGAUAUGUCUAGUAACAGGAGGAAGAGAAGGAGUAUAGACCAGAGUAGUUCAUUACUAGUCAUUACAACACCUGAGGGACUUGCGUCAGGACAGAGUAUAUUAAUGGAACCCUUAGAUAGUUAUGAUUUAACAGCUGUUUAUGAUUCAGUAUCUUCCACACAGUUCCAACCUUACAUAGUUAAUCCUAGUGAUACAAUGGACUUAGUAGACAGACUUCUAUAUAGAAGAUUAUCCAGCAGUACAUUUUCCUUUUCUCUGGUACCUAUUGGACAUUUACCUAUGCCAGGACCAGUCAACAUAACUUAUUUUGAUUCUUCCAUAGACAGAGAUCAGAGAGUUAUGUUAACCCAUUGGAAUCCAGGUAAACAGCAGUGGGAGCUUACUAGUAAAACAUGUGGUGACUACAAUGAUACAGAGAUCCUUAAUGUAGAUGGCAGCACUACCACUAUGGUUUGCAGAACUUGGAAUACAGAACAAGAGAAUGUCAACUCUCUUAACAGUCGUAAGAAAAGAUCCACUACACAGCCAAUGUAUCUUUCAGAGGAAACACAGUUCUCUCUUUCUAUUGUAUCAACAACAAUAUACAAUACACCACCAAGAUUGGUCAGUCCUGAAAUUGUUACCAUGGAGGAGGAUUCAGGAACCUUACAAUAUUUUCUGGAGGCUAUUGAUGAUGAAGAUGACACCAUUGUAUUUUAUCUUGAGGAUGCAGAAUAUGUGAUGGGUACUCCAACUCUAACAACUAAUGGCCUAUUGAUGUAUACCCCAUGUACAGAUUGUGCUGGGACAGAAUACAUACACAUCCUCCUAACAGAACAUCAGACAGAUAUCCCAGCAGCCAGAUCUAAUAUCACAAUAAUUGUUCAUGUAACUUGUAAGAAUGAACAUCCUGGUGUUUUUCUUACUCAGUAUGGUAGCUCUGUAUUGUUUGAGGAUAAGAGUGAACCAGUUGUGGUUUAUUUAGAACAGAAAACAAAUUAUUCAGAACACAGUUGGGUUGACCAGUUCACUGCUUUGUUUGGAGCCUAUGACAAAGAUGUUAAUGAUGUUCUAACUUUGAUGGUUUCACAGCCUGAGCAUGGGAGUGUUACAGUUUCAGAGCCUAUACUGAUACCUCCUGAAAUAGGACUUUGCCCUUCACAUGCACCUGUUGAGAGUGAACCCUGUGGAAAUUUUAGUCAAGAAUUACCAAACAAUGCUACAGAAAUGAGUUGGAUCUAUAUCACAGUGACCUAUAUUCAACCUGACAAUUACUAUGGUUAUGACUAUAUAAAGCUGUAUGUGACGGAUGAUAGGAACAGCUCAUCUGAAGUGGUUACCAUACAGGUUGCUAUAAUGGAAUCACCCUGUCAAAACAAAGGGGAAUGUCAAGCAAAGGAUAACAGUAGCUAUCCCUGUGAUUAUACUCACAGAGCAGAGACUUUUGAUCUCUAUUACAACUGUGUAUGUUCACAAGAGUUUACCGGUGUACAUUGUGAAGAGGAUGUGGAUGAAUGCCUAAGCAAACCUUGUACAGAUUCCUACACCUGUACCAACAAAUAUGGUGGAUAUGAUUGUUCUUGUCCUGACUGUGGAUUGGCUACUUGGGCUAAAGCUGUGAUUGGUGUUUCUAUAAUUUUAGUAUGCGUUAUUAUAGUAGCAGUUAUAGUGUGGUGCAGGAAGAAAAUAAGGGACUCAAAUAAAUGGGCCAGGGUGCAUCCUUCUUAUCAUUCUAAUUUCAAGCAGCAAAGGCAGGUCUCCUUUUUACCGACUGAAGAUAACAACCCUGACAAUAUCAAACUUGUAGAUGUGUUAUGA